CGUUGCCAAGAGGAAACGGAAAUAAGACAGCACAUUUCUGCUGCAGUAAAUUAAAGUCUUAAUCGUGUAACUUUAUUUGUAUUUACCUGCAGUCUUAUUAGCAGAUAAUGUGAUACAUUUAUCGAUAUUUGGUCUCUGCAUUUUUGUGCUUUUCUUGAAUGUUGCAGGCGUGUGUGUCUUGAUAGCAAUACGGCUGUGGAUGGCCAACGCACUGAGCGCAGCGCUCAUCCCGCACAAGAAGGGAGUGACACAGACACAAUGGUGUGAGGACAGGGGGAAGCAUUGAUAACACCGCUAUAAAUCCAUGCCUUUGUUAAAGCAGCACUGAUGUGGGACUUCCGUUUACAGUGCACGCCAGUGAUAAUCUGUGCUCAAUGUUAUUUAUGUAUAUGAAAUAUUAGCAGUGUAUUGUCUUUAUUGGAUUAAGAGCUAUUCUGUUUGUCCUUACAAUGGAUUUCCCUUUCGACUUGAAUGCGCUUUUUCCCGAGAGAGUUUCGGUGCUGGAUAACAACUUGACUGUUGGUCGAAAAGCUAAUGGGAGACCGGAUCUUCAGCUUCAGAUUACCACAGUUAUAGAUGAGCUGGGUAAAGCCUCUGCUAAGGCACAACAGCUGCCUGUUCCCAUAACCAGUGCUGCAAAACUCCAGGCCAACAGACACUAUCUCUACCUCCUUAAAGACGGGGAACAAAAUGGUGGGAGGGGUGUUGUAGUUGGAUUCCUUAAGGUUGGCUGCAAGAAACUCUUUUUACUUGACCAGCGGGGGGCGCAUGUGGAGACCGAGCCUUUAUGUGUGCUGGAUUUCUAUAUCGCUAAGACUCUUCAGAGACAUGGAUAUGGGCUUGAGAUCUUUGACUUCAUGCUGAAACACAAACGGGUGGAGCCUGAUCAAUUGGCGUAUGAUCGACCUUCUCCAAAGUUAAUGUCGUUUCUAGAAAAACACUAUGAUCUGAAAAACAGUGUGCCUCAGGUGAAUAACUUUGUUGUGUUUAGUGGCUUCUUCAAGAGUAGAUCAGGCACUCCUCCCUCCCCUCUGACGGAUCAGGGGAUGUACGGAUUUUUCGGCCCAACUGAGAAAAGUUCCCCCCAAAAAGUCAGAGGGAGAGAUCAAACCGUAUUCACUAAUGGAAAGAGAAGUGGUACGGGAGGAGCAGAAGACUCUCCCCUGGCCAUUCGGACGCCCAGCGGUUCCCCCUCACUCUCCACAGUCUCGUUCCCUCAGUGUGGGAUCCUCCCCCAGCCACGCCCCUCUCCGACCCACCGUGCUCCCGGGGCUCCAGUGCCAGAACCCCUCCUCCCAGCUCAACGACAACUGCAGGGCAAAACGCACAAGUCAUCAGGGUCUGGUUGCCAGGAGCAACCUCUACAGUCGCCAUAUCAACAGCAGGGGCCUCGGGCAAUUAUUAGCGGAACGGCAGAGCACCUCCAUGCUUCCAGCUGUGGUGUGUGUUCCUCAGGGCUCUGUGAGAGAUUGUGUGACACAAAGGCACAGGCAGAUGCAGUGGAGCACAAAAACACAACACAAAGACCGUAUCUUCAAGGCCAGGUCGUCUCCCUUCCAGUCCUCACUGCCGCUAAGAAUGAUCAUCAGCAGGAACAGACCUCCAUAGACUCCUCAGAGCCACACAGUCACCAUAAGAUCACAGACAACAGUCUGGGGAGAGAUAUGGAGCAGUGGUCCAGAGCGAGAGCAGAAGACUGGAGGACGGGUGAAAGAUCUGAGAUGGAGAGAGGUAGAGAUGGAUGGUCUUGGACCGUCGGGGAAAACAGCUUUAAUGCUCAGUGGGUCCGGCAGAAACAAGAGUAUCGUAGCACACGACCGUGGUGAUGAAGAAGGAAGCUCAAGUGAUGUUGAGAGAAAGAAAUGAGAAUAAUGAAAAUGUUAUAAAAAACUGAAUGAAACACAAAAGUGAGAAAAGGCUUUUAAUGUGUGUUAAAUUAAUAAAAAUGAUAACGGCAGCAAUGUAUAACAACAUUAGACUUUCUGUUUUAUUUAUAUUUUAGCCAUUCUGUACAUGCCUGUGCUUCAAUAAUCACAGUUUUAUAACAUUAUCCUUUUUUUUAGAAACCACUCUAUGCAAUUUUUUUAUUUUUUUUUCACGGAAAACAAAAAUAAACUGAUGAAAAUGUGUUCUGUUGAGAUUCAUUUGCAACAUUGCUCUGUUACAAAUUUUAAAGGUGCCAAAGUAGGGUGACCAUAUAAGAUUGGCUGAAAUUCGGGGCAGACGUUAAUAAUAAAAGAUAAUGAAUUUCAGACUGAAACAAUCAUAUUAAUAUAAGUACAUAUGCAUAUAAAUACAUUUAUAUAAUACGUAUAAAAGUAUUUUAUACUUCAUAGAAUAAUAGUAAGAUCAUCCCAAAAUAGUUUUCUUUA